CCACACACUGACCCUCCUUUUGCCGGAAAGAUUCCUUUCCUCCAUUACAAGAAAAACUAAAGCCACCUUUUUCCCCUUCCAUCAACAAUGGAACCCUAGCCACCACUCCCCUCCCAUGAUUCAUUCACAUUAAUUUCCAAUGGGGUGAAAUCUGGCUCUGCUUAUGUUGGAAUCCGGAGAUGCAGCCACCUCCAGCUGAAGACAUGGCAUUACCCUCGAUGGAGCAACGCCAGUUCACUCUCGUGGAGAUCCGGUCCGCCACCGGAGAUUUCAGUGCGGAGAAUCGCAUCGGAGAAGGCGGCUUCGGAGAAGUCUUCAAGGCCGCCAUCGGCGACGGCACAAAGCUGGCGGCGGUGAAGCGUCUGAAGCGGCCGGCGAUCAACGAAAGACUAGCUAGGCAGGGGUUCGCGAGGGAGAUCGAAGCGCUCACUCAACUCCGCCAUCGCCAUAUAGUGUCUCUCAUCGGCUACUGCAGUGAGCAGGGCGAGAUGAUUCUGGUUUAUGAGUACAUUGCCAAUGGAACCCUAGAAGAUCACCUCCACGGACCGUCGAGAAAUAGGAGCCCGCUCAAAUGGACUGAGCGCCUCAGUAUCUGCGUUGGAGCGUGUCGCGGUUUGGAUUAUCUUCACACUUCCUGCCCCGGCAACUCAAUCAUACAUGGUGAUGUGAAGAGCUCUAACAUCCUUCUAGAUGAAAAUUUAGUAGCUAAGGUUUCGGAUUUUGGGUCGGCCAAACAAAUUAAUGCGGAUGUAUCCGAGAGAAACAGCAGCACUGCUGAGAUGUACUCGCGCGGUUAUCUUGACCCCCUUGCUGCUGUCACAGGGAGAUUUACUAUGGCUAGCGACGUAUAUUCUUUUGGUGUGGUGAUGUUGGAAGUAGUGAGUGAGAGAAGAGCUGAUAGCCGGCCUCAGAAUGACGACCUACUGUCCAUUUGGGCUGUUGAAAAAUUUCUUAAGGGAAAAGGUUGUGAGCUUGUAGCUUCCUCUUUGAGUGGAGAAAUCUCAAAACAAUGCCGCAGUUGUUUUUUAGGGAUCGUUGAAAGAUGCUUGCAGAGAGAAGCAGAGAAACGGCCGACAAUUACUGAGGUUUUGGCCCUGCUUAUAAAAGCCCUCGGGUUACAGCAGGAGAGGCCAGACCCAACGCGUUGGUUUUGGCAAUCGAAAGUAUCUCCAAAGGAAGUUAUACCAUCCGGAUUAGCACAAGACAAUGUGAUUCGAGAAGAUGAAUUAGAGCACCUCCCUGCCAUUCCGCUUGCUGAAUUUCAGGACAUAACUGGUGGUUUUAGUUCCAAGUUCUUGAUUGCCAAGAGAUCCACUGGAGUAAGUUUAUUCCGUGGGGUCCUCAAAACCGGACAGGAUGCUGCGAUUAAAAGGUUCAAGAAGAAGUUGUUGGACCAAGAAUUUCUAGCACAGGUAUCGAAAAUAUCUCGCCUGCAGCAUAAAAACGUGGUUCAGCCCCUUGGUUACUGCGUGAAUGGCGAUCAGCAGCUCUUAGCUUUCGAGUUUGCUCCAUAUGGAUCCCUACAUGACAUUUUUCAUGGCAAAAAUUUGGAGUCAAGUACAGUUGUUCCAUGGUUACAAAGAAUCAAGAUUGCGGUUGGGGCUGCAAAAGGACUGGAGUACAUUCAUGAGAACGGACUAAUUCAUCAUAGCAUCAAAUCUAGCAAUAUUUUACUUUUCGAUGAUGGAAAUGCUAAGAUAAGUGAUGUUAGUCUGUCAAUUCCAUGCCCUUGUAAGCCGGCUCGUGGUCAUAAACGCUAUCCUGAACAAGCUCCCUGUGGUUGUUGUUAUCAUCCCCCAGAAUGUGUAUCCACUAAUCGAACUCAAGAAAGCGAUGUGUACAGCUUUGGUGUGGUUCUCCUUGAAAUCUUGACAGGUCAGAAAGCCACACAGCCACUGGUACAACAGUUCCUUGCAAUAUUGCACGAGGCAACGGAAACACCAAUGCAAAGAGAAGAAGACAUAAAGAAGGUUGUGGAUGAUAGACUUGGAUUUGGAAGAAAAUGCUCUGCCAGUGCAGUUGUAAAGAUGGUUGAAGUUGCUUUGUCGUGCCUUGCAAAGGAAGCUGAUUCUCGCCCUGACAUGAGCACUGUUUUAAUUCGUCUCGAGAGGGCUUCAUGGGAAACACAAAUUUAUGUACGAAAACAUGAGCAGCAGUAAUCUCAAGCUAAUAUUACCAAAUUAUCUCCUCAUAUUCCAGCCUUGCGAGAUGGAACCUGCCAAGCCAAGGAGGAGGAGAUUCUCCUACACGUUUUGUUUAGAUAAAUGAUGUGUGUUGCCUUGUUUGUAUAGCUGGCUUUGGAUUGUUGUCUGUUUGUUGUGUAAUUAUGGUGACAUCCAACUUCUAGUAAUUUUCAGUGACUCUGGUUAGUGAAAGAUAGUAGUAUUUACUACCUGGGCUAUUUCUAGAAUAGGUACUGCAGCAUUUGGCACUAUGUCUAUGUUUGAAACAUAAUCAAAUAUAUAGAGAUAAGGCAGUGUAGAUGAGGACUUGCUACUGAUGUACAGUAAUAGCUGAGUAAAUAAUGUGUGGUGGUCAUGUUUAAAGAGAAUCAGCAUUGAUUAAUGAUCACUUUUUUUUGGUAGAAAAAGAAGAAAUAACUGAAAAAUGAAUCUCUAUCUUAUUUCAACUAGCUUGAUAUUUUUCAACACAUGGAUAGCAGUUGGUAGUAGAGAAUGGCAUGGAGAUUUGCAGCCAAGACAGUCCUCCUUACUACUAAUAAAGGGCUCUUCGACCUCCUCGGCUGUUGUCCACAAGCCGGCCGCCUCUGCUGAUGAUCCCGUUGCUCCCUAUAACACAGCGAGGCUAUCUCGUUUAUCAGUUCUCGGGUGAAUCCAGAACGUGGAGGCUUGGAUCUUGAUUUUGGCGGAUUGAAAUACUUUCUCGGCACACUCGGCGUCACCGGCAGCUCCGGAAUCGGCGGCGCUUUCGGAAUUGGAUUUGGCCUUCCCCGAAACGGCGGGGCCGAUAUUCCAGCAGCCGGCACUGGCUGAACCGAUGACGCCGGAGUUGGUGCAAUCACAGUGGGUGGUUGAGUUGGGCUUGGCGUUUGAACAGGGGACUGACUUGGGCCAUUUUGCGGCGGCGGUGAUGGAGCGUCAACUACAGUAGGUGGAAGGGACGGAGCCGGUGUAUCAUAUGACGGCUGAGGCGACGGAGAUGGUGGUUGCACGGGAGAAGCAGCCUGCGGAGGGGUGUGCUUCGGCUGCGGCCGUGAGCCGAAGAUUGUGAGGUUGGGGAAAAGCCAAAAGAAGGCAGAUUGGCAAGUGAUAGGUGAAAAUUUUAUUACAGCGGUGUGCCUAGUAAUAUUUAUUGUGGAAUUACUGAUAAUUUUCACUGAGGCAGUUUGCGCUGCUUGUAUGUGGCAGGGCGCACCGGAUCUACUCUGCAGCUUCGCGUAGCAGCCGUCCGUGUCGCCAGAGUCCUCCGCGGUCUCAGCAGAGAGCGUCACGUUGAACUUCCCACUCUCAUCAACGCCUCCGUUUCCCCGCGCCCUCAUCUCAUUCGCGUUGCACCUGAUCACAACUUCAAGCCCUGCAACUAGACGUAUAGCAUUAACGGAAUACAAAGUUGGGGGUGCUCGAGCCCACCCGAGAUAAAUGUGUGUAUCAUUUACUUACAAGAUAAGUAGUUCAUACCUUGAGAUGAGUUGCGAUUGUUUAUGCAAUCGUUGCAGUGCAUAGCCCCGACUACCUCAAAUGUCGGGCUCUUGGCUUGAAUGGAGCGAAGAUGUGAGAGUAGGAAAACGCCGACGGCCAAGAGAUUAAGUCGAAGCCCCAUUGCUAAAGAAAGUAUGAUGUGGAUUUGAUGAGAGUCUGAAUGGCUAAUUUAUACUAUGAUAUGUUCAUGUUGAAGGUCCCAUUCAGAAAUAAACACUGCACCGGCUUUGUUGAUGGAAAUUUUACCUUUUAAAGAUAGAAUUGAAGCUUAGCUAUUACAUUACCAUUUAUUAACCCAUACCUGCAUACUUGAACACUAAAAUUGUGCCAGUGAAGUAGAUAUAAAUGGCACCAUUUGUUAGGUGAAUCUAUGGAUUAUUUUUGUAAAUUAAACAAAUUGAAAUUGAUGUCAUGUUAAUAACAACCUUUUUUGGGUUGCAAA